UCACGAUCCCUUUCACCAUGAGUGUAAGCCGCCCCCUAAGCUCCCACCCGCAUAGCUUCCUAACCUCCUCCUACAUCUAUCUAUAUAUAUAUAUAUUACGACAACUAACAUAAAACACAUAGUUCGUACCCAUCAACCCGCGGCCCAUGCUGCAAGACCUCGUCAACAAGGACAUCGUCGUGCGCCUGAAGUGGGGCGAAACCGAGUACCGCGGCCGCCUCGUCAGCUCCGACAGCUACAUGAACAUCCAGCUGACCAACGCGCAAGAGUUCAUCGACCAGAAGUUCACCAGCGACCUGGGGCAAAUCUUGAUCCGGUGCGUGCCCUUUUCCUCUCUGCCUCCCUCCCCCCUUGCAAAUCGGGGAAAUAGACCGUGGACUGGACUGACUGACUAAACUAACAUGUAACCAGAUGUAACAACGUGCUGUGGAUC